AAUGUCUCUGUACACGCGGUAUUGAUAGACUGAACUCAUAAUGGAAACUAGCCUUCCAAGGGCGCUGUUAUAUAUAUAUGCAGGCACCACCCUCCUACGACAGGACUGUCAUCGAGCAGCGGAACAAGUCUCUGGAUUCAGUCAAGCCAUGGGGGCCCGCUGUUGAUGCCAAUGAUGAACAUGAAACAUUCUCCCUCGACAAGUUGAAUGAGUUCGAGAGCACCGAUUUCGACCGAGCUUCUCGCAAAGCGCCUGCCGCACAGAACCAGACUCACAGACGGAAAGCUUCCGACUCCGCCGAGGGAAGCUCUCCGCGGAAGAAGCAACGACUCGGACUCCCAGAUAUAUCCCUACACAGUGCCAUUCCUCGACCACACUUUUAUUUUCCGCCAGAUGAUAUCCUUGCGGUCCCGGCCCCCGAGAUAGGAUUGGACAGGUAUCUUACCAAGAACCCGCCCUUUCCCAUCCCGCCUCGCACAUAUUACUCGAUGCACAAGGCUCUGGACGAAAAAUAUGCCAGAACAGCAUGGAUUGUGCCCAUACGCGGGACCCCACCAUGGCAAGGCUGCACACCGGCCUCCGUCCUCGAGCCCGGGCAGGCUUCAAACAGGACCAUGUCGGAGAUGUUCCAUCCGCGCGCCCCUGAGAAUUAUGCCCCAGGAAACCUGCCGGCGGGACAUAUCAUCUGGACGCAUGAUGCUCUCGCAGCAUUCUGGGGCUUCCUCCUCGACGUCCGUAGUGGCGGCGCUCUCGGAGCUAUCUCACUCUCAUUCAACCCAGCGCCUCCGCCGCAACUCGAGUCCUCGACGUCUUCGGCCGUAGGUGGCCGCAAUGCCGCCGGACGUGCGGUCUCGAGCGACCCGUCAACUGCCAGGGGCUCGUCCAGCAAUGCUGUUCAGAACACCCACCCAACGCUUCUCGGCAUGGAUCACUUCAAGAUCUACCAUGACACCCGCUACUCGAUGCACCUGCGCCGUGUUCUGCACGCGUGGAGCUUCGAAAUUCGCAACUCGGAGGCCGUGGAGGAAAUAUUCGGCGACGCUCUUCCUUCUACCAAGAUACGAUUGUUCAAGGGCGCGAGAUUGGUUCUGCUUGACGGGAGGUCGAAAGGAUUAUUGACUAUGUGAUAUGUAUGUCUUCGACAAAUGGUGCGCUGCACCGCGUGCCUCGUCAAGGAAAUCACGACCGGCUUGAGCGUUUCGGUUCCUACCGGGACCCAGGCACUGUUCUUCUCACACUACUGCUGACUUGGCUCUGCGGGUGGCUCUUUCUAUGGCGGCGGUGCCGGGAUGCCGGGGGCGUGGACGCGGGAAGCGCCGGCUGCGCCCUACGCUGCG